AUGGCUCACAAUCAAUCCUCGGCUCAAUACCUCGCCUCUGCUCGGCCCAACACCGCUGCUCCUCUUCCCGGCUCGCUUUCUCUUCCACGCCCCAAUUCUACACCAUUGACUCCUCAAUACUCUCGUACCAAUCAAGUUCGCCCACUCAGCAAUGGACAGCCCUUCCGCCCCAAUCCUAACGUUCAUAGAACACCAGGCCAGGAUGUGUUUGGCAGAAGCCGUGUCCCUGCGCCUGUUCAUGUACAUUCCCCAUCUUAUACUACGAAUACUCAGCAGGCCUCUGCUUCUGGAGGUGACCGGAGAAGAGGCGCCGAAGGACUUGGUUUGAGAGGCACUAUGCGUAAUGAGAUUUCUCGUUUGAUGUAUGGGGCCGGUGAUGUUGCAGAUCCGUUGAUGGACACUGUCGACUAUAUGGAAGAUAUGGUUGUUGAAUUUUUUGCUGACCUUUGUCGUCCUGUGCCGCCCAUCCGUUCUAACCCCACCGUCCAGCAUCAAGCUGUGCCCCUCACAGCCGAAAUUCUUCGCCAUCGCCUUGACUCCACCACAGCUCUUCAUAAAUACCGCGAACGUUUCGACCACAUGCUCCACAUGAGCGAAGUGUUGAAGCAGCACAAACGUGUCGCCGAUCCCAACUUCCACGACAUUGUCAACCAAGUGGGGGGCGAGUAUUUGGGGCUGCACGACAAUGCUCCCGGUGGAGGAGCUACUGGGGGAGAUGACGCCGGGGCUGGAAGUGGAGGGCAAGGGCAAAAGAGGACGCACGACGGAGAAGGUGGUGAACCCCCCAAGAAGAAGGGACGUCCUCCAAAGCCCCCUGGAGAAAGAAAGAAGCCUGGUCCGCAGAAGGGAUGGAAGUUGAACAGAGAUCCGAAUGCCCCUACAAAGAAAGCGCCGAGAGAUCCGAGUAUGCCAAAGAGGAAAUACGUGAGAAAGGCGCCUUUGAAGAGCCAGAUGGGUACGCCGGCACCAGAAUCCCAGUGA